UUGGUAGUGUCACCACUUCGUAAUUUUCUUUCGUUGAGAAAUAUGGAUCAAUCGCACUCGACCUCAGUUAUCUCGUUUUUCUCUGACCUCUCCCGUACAGACCUGAACGAUACUCUAAAGGCUCAUUUCUCUCUAACCAACCGUCUCUCAGAGACGAUGAGUGAGUUUGCGUCCAAACUUGGCUCUUCAUACGAGAAGUUUUCUAGCGAGUUGAAGAUGCUGGUGAAGAGUUUUCGUCGCAAAAACGACGAGUUGAAGAAAGAGCGUCACCUUGGACAGGGAAAUUUCUUUAGCAUCUGGGAAGCCAUGAUGAUGGAAAUAGAAGGAGAAGCCUCUGCAUACACUGAACUGGCUUCAUCACUACAGCAGACUGUGGCGCAGCCUCUCGCUGAAUUUACUUCUAAAAAGAGGGCACAAUACAAGAAGCUGUUUGCUUAUCGGGAACAAAUAGAGGGAACAUUGGUGAAAUCAGAAGAAGGUUUACAGAAGAGACACAGAGAGUAUGCUGAAGCAUGGACGAAGUACAAGGCUCAGGAUAAGGAUACCUUGAAGGAAUGUGCCAUAAUACUUGGUGCAGUAUUUCUAAUGUGUUUAUGCUUUAUGGGGCCUUUGCCACUAGCACUUUUGUUCUCGACACUGGCACUGUCUUUAGCAAUGUGA